AUGCAUCAUGAAAUACAGAAAAUGAGGGAAAUUGCCCUUGUUUACCUUGACAGAAGUGGUGGCCUUCAGAAAUUCAUGCACGACUGCAAAAAAUAUAAUGACUCAAAACAAAGUUACGCUGUUUAUCGUUUCAUUAUUUCAAUAAAUCCUUCUGAUAUUGCUGAAUUAGAUGCAACUCUUGGAAACUACAUUCUUCAUAAUCCCAUACAAGCUGCACAAAUUUUUCAGUCAGUAUGUUUUAUAGCUAUUAAAACAUUAUCGUUAAUUGAACAAUUGGAGACAGAGGCCCAGAUUAGUAUACUGCUGGAACCAACACAUUUGCCACCUUUACCAAGUUAUGUUCUGAGUCUUUCUACGUUUCCCUUUAAUUACACAUCUCCUCAAAGAUUUUAUAUGUCUGAAGGAAUAGCAAUUGCAAUGGGAACUGUAACAAAAUACACACAAGGAGCAAGAUUUCUUUGUACUGAGGAAACCUGUCCAUUUUCUGAAGGGUUCAAGUACAUAAGAGUGCAUCUGCCUGGAGCUACAGAAUCUGCCACAGUGAGGAAUGAUUUUGUGUGUAGUCUGUGUUCUUCGCCACUGCAAGAAGACAUGAAAUUUAGAGUACUUGGCGAUAAACAAAUAGUUGAAAUGAUAGAUGCAAAAGUUCUUAAUGCUUUGAAAGGAUAUUCCAGUGAUAAAUCACAUUUUAGGAUUCAGACAUUUACAGUUUUCUUGAGAGAUGAACUGGCCAAUCAAAUGAAAAUAGGAAACCACUACAAGAUUAUAGGAAUUCCAGCUUGUGUGCAAAAUGGCUUACAAGCCACAGCAUGUAUAGAAGUCAAUAGUGUACAGCUCUGUAAACCAAAUGGUCCUUCUUUUAUUGGUGACAAUUUUAAGUAUCUGCUCUCACUGACUUCGAGGUCAUGCUGGAGGUUUACUGCCAUUCUUGCCAAUAUCUUUGCUUCUCAAGUUGUUCCACCAGGCACUUACAAUACUCUUAAGCUCACAAUAUUGCUGAGUCUAGUACAGACGUGUGAAAAAGAAAAUGCAGAUUAUCUAGAUCUGUUGAUUGUGACAAGCGACACACUAAUAAUCGAUAGGCUUCUGAAUUACAGCAUAUGUCUCCUGCCUCGUGGCAUACGUCACCCACCUUCUAGUGAAAUUCUUCCUUCUGUGUCCAAAGAUAAACAUGGAACUGGAAGUGCCAGUAUUCAAGCUUGCAGCACUGUCCUGGCUAAGGGUGGUAUCUGUUACAUCGGAGACUUAUCUUCAUAUAAAAAGGAUAAACUUGAACUGCUACAGUCCGCACUAGAGAGCAGAAUGACAACAGUAUUCAUUCCUGGGAAGAAGUACGGAGAAGAGGCUGACCAACAAGUUACUGUUUCAGUUCAGACCAAUUUUUGGUCUUUUGUAAAUGUGGAUUCUUCCUCAAGGAAACAUACACAAAAGGAUAACUUGUUAAUUGGACAGAUGGACGUGAGUUUGAUUCCACCUAACCUUGUAGAUGUUUUUGGGCUUUUGAUAUACAAUGAGUUUCCUUCAUGUCAGCUAUCUUCCCCUCUGGUACAUCACACCUUGAAAAAAGCCAUUAAUCCUGAAGCCAUGCUGCACAAAGUCUCACAGCAGUUCAGAACGCAGGAUUACGAACAGUUUAUUUUGUUUGCAAAGAAUCUUCAUGUUGAACUGAGUUCAGAAGCAGAAAACCUCAUUCAGGGCUACUACCUUGCAAGUCGCAGAGUGAGAAGAGAUUCUAUUCAUGGAUCAACAUUAUCAGCAUCUGCGCUAAAAACACUGAUUUCACUGUCUAAGGCUCAUACUAAACUAAGUUUAAGACAGAAAGUACUCGAGGAAGAUGCAUUGAUUGCCAUCUUGUUACUUGAGUCAUCUCUUAAACACGGCAAGUCUGCAUUGUGCAUAGCACCAAAUCCUGUAUUUCCAUUUGACCUCAGUGAUGAAAACUCCUUGCAACAGAGAGACAACUACCUCAUGCAGUGUCACCAUCAAUUGCUAAAGUUUAUUGGUGCAUAUGGCCCAGGAACUCAUGUUAACACUAAUGAAGAGUGA